AUGAUAUCACUGUACAACUUUCGAUGUUUACUAUUACAUCUUUUAUUUGUACAACGUCAUUUAAAAUAUGUCGCAGCGAUGUGGCCAUCAGGAAAUGUUUCUAAUAUAAAACUGUUGGGUCUUUUUCCCGAUGCAGAUAAUAGUACAGAAACAACUGAUUUAUCAAUUCAUUCUCGUGCAAUGUUUCAAGCAGCUGUAUUACUUUCCCAAUCAUAUAAUAUAACAAUUGAUGGUCAUUAUAUCGGAUGGCAAUCGGAACAAACAGGUGGAGUUAUUAUGAAUGCUCUUGGCGAUACAUGUCAAGCAUUAUCAUGUUCAAAUAUUGUUGGAGUUGUUGGUCCAGGAUUUUCUCGAGAAGCUCAACAAAUAGCUAAUUUUGGUAAUACAGUUGGUAUACCUAUUAUAUCUUAUGCUGCUACCGAUCCAGAAUUAUCAGAUCGAAAUGAUUAUUUAACAUUUUAUCGUACAGUUCCUUCGGAUAAUUCAGCUGCAACAGCUAUUGUUAAAUUAUUUGUUCAAUAUAAUUGGACAUCAUGUAUAAUUAUUUAUCAAAAUGAUCCAUAUGGAAUUGAUGGAUCUAAUGGUAUUAAUCAAGCUUUUGUUAAUCAAGGUUUAACUGUUAAUAAAUUAAUUAUAUUCGACAUUGCAACACUUCAGAUUCAAGGUGAUUUAAAUAAUCUUUUAACAAAUAGUCCAUCACGAAUUGUUAUAUUAUGGACAACGGAAAUUUAUACAUCGAUAGUUUUACAAAGUGCUUUAAAUUCUAAUUUUGUUGGUCCAAAAUUUACAUGGAUAUUAAGUACAACUAUUUCAUUAACUAAUUUUAAUCGAAUACAUUAUCCAAAUUUAAUUGGAAUGUUAACUGUUGAACCAGUGACAGGAAGUGUUGUUGGUGCACCAAUUAAUUCAACACUAUUAAAUGCAGCUUAUGAUAUUUGGAAACAAUAUGAACCUGAAACAUUUCCUGCAUCGUUGAAAGUUAGUCCAUAUGCAUUAUUUGCUUUUGAUGCAACAUGGACAUUAAUUCAAUCAUUACAACAAUUAUGUUCAACAAUAUCUUCUCCAUGUACAACAUUUAAUGGUUCUUCAUUUUGUUUUGAUCGUUAUUUUAUUAAUUCAAAUUUAUUAUUAAAUACAAUAAAUUCAUUACAAUUUAUUGGUGUUUCUGGUCCUAUUGGAUUUAGUUCCACUUCAACUGAUCGAUUAAAUGGUACAUAUUAUUAUGUAGAAAAUGUUCAAGCAACUGCAACUAAUAUAAAUUUUAAUCCUGUAUUACAAUAUUCAGAUUCUGGAAGUUGGAAUACAUAUUCAGGAGCAAAUCUCGUUGUUUGGCCAGGAAAUUCUUUAACACCACCAUCUGGUCAAGUUCUACUCGAUGGUGUAACUUUACGAAUUGGUAUUAUUGAAACACCAGUAUUUACAAUAGUUAAUGGUGGAUCUGGAGGAACAAAUUUGUCAUUAAGUGGUUAUGCAAUUGAUUUAAUUGCACUUCUACAAACUCAAUUAAAUUUUAUUCCUAAUAUUAUAUUAGCACCAGCAAAUCAAACAUAUGCAGGAUUAAUUGAAGAUGUUGCAAAUGGUGUUUAUGAUAUAGUUGUUGGUGAUGUUACAGUUACUUCUGCAAGAAGAGAAAUUGUUGAUUUUUCCGUUUCAAUAUUUGAUAAUACUUUAGAACUUAUGACUCGAAAAACAUAUACAACUGCUCCUGAUCCUUUAUCAUUCUUAAAACCAUUUUCAUUUAGUUUAUGGAUAACAUUUUUAGGUGCAUGGAUUUGUGGAACUAUUUUAUUUUUCAUAGUUGAACGUGAUGAUAAUGAAAUGUUACAAAAUCGACCAGUUAUUUCACAAAUUUCAUUAAGUAUGUGGUAUUGUAUUGGCAAUUGUAUUGGACAUGGAGCAGAUUUUCAUGUUAGUACAGCACCUGGGCGUUUAUUAACCGGUGGUUUAUAUUUAUUAAGUUUAGUAUUAGUUGCAUCUUAUACAGCUAAUUUAGCAUCGGAUUUAACAAUAUUAAAAACACAAGAUAUUCUUUCAGGAAUAGAUGAUCUUAAAAAUGGAAAAAUUCCACCAAAUCGUAUUGGUAUUCGUGUUGGUACAGCUGCUGUUGAAUAUUAUUUAGCAGAAAUAUCUAAUGGAAAUCCAAAUUAUUAUCCAUUAUAUUCUUUACAACAAUCAUAUGAUGAUUUAUUAGCUGGGAUUAUUGAUGUUACAUUUACAGAUAUUGGUGUUGGUGAAUAUAUUACAAAUAAUGUUUAUUGUAAUUUAAGUUUAGUUGGAGCUGGUUUUGAUCCAGGUAUAUUUGGGAUAGUUUUACCAAAAAAUUGGAUAUAUACACAACAAUUAGAUGUUGCUAUUUUAUCAUUGGGAGAAACAGGUUUAUUAGGCAAUUUGCAAGUCAAAUGGUUUCAAACAUCAAUUUGUCCUGAUACAAGUGGAACAGCAACGGCAAUAGAAGUUGGAUCGAUGGGUGGAUUAUUUGCUACAUUUGGAGUUAUUAUUAUUCUCGCAUUAUUAUUAUUUGCAUGGAAAAAACGAAAGAAUUUGAAAGAUUGUUCAUUCGUACCAAAACAUAAAAUACAUUUAGCAUCUCGAAAACAGACAUUCUCUUUAAAUCACUCAAAUACAAUAUCUAAUCAAGUGCACAGACCAAUUCCUACUAUCAGUUUAUAG